UCCUUAGAGAUGGAAGAAAUUCAAGUUGUCUCCACUUGUUUAGUUAGAGCAUCAUCAUCAUCAAACUCACAAAAUGUUAACCUAAAUAUUGAAAUAACACCAUGGGAUUUACAAUUCCUCCUUGUUGACACUAUCCAAAAAGGUCUACUUUUCCACAAACCAAAAAAAGAAAAUAUUGACAACUUAAAAAAAUCCCUAUCUCACACCUUACAUUUUUUUCCACCCUUAGCCGGUCGAUUUUCGAUCGUUAAAAAUUCAAACGAUGAUACAAUUUCUCUCUUUAUAAAUUGUAACAACGCUGGUGUGGAAUUUAUCCACGCCAACGCUUCAAAAUUAAGUGUAUCGAUGAUUAUUGAUUCUACUUACGUACCAAAUAUUAUUCACUCUUUAUUUCCAUUGAAUAAUAUUCGAAAUUUCGAAGGUGUUACUAAGCCUUUAUUUGGGGUUCAAAUAACUGAGCUUGUUGAUGGUUGUUUUAUUGGAUGUACUAUGAAUCAUACAUUAGGUGAUGGGACUUGUUUUUGGCAUUUCUUUAAUUCUUGGGCUGAAAUUUCUCGUGGACGUAAAAUUAUUUCUAGAGUUCCAAUUUUAGAGCGUUAUUUUCCGGAGAAAAUAAAUGUUCCAAUUCAUUUUCCCAUGAAUUUGGACGAUGAGAAAUUAUUCGAAAAAAUCGAAAUUCCAACGUUGGUGAAAAGGGUAUUUCAUCUUAGUAAAGAAAAUAUUAGAAGACUAAAGAAUAAGGCCAAUGAUGAAAUGAGUAUUAACUCGAUUUCUUCUUUGCAAGCUUACUUGGCUCAUCUAUGGCGAUGUGUUACGCGAUGUCGCAAGAUUGAUGAUGGUGAAGAAGUUUUUAUCGGUAUUCUCAUAGGCGCAAGGUCAAGACUAAACCCUCCUCUACUAGAAGGAUAUUUUGGAAAUGCAGUUCAUAUCAAGAAAGUAAAGACAAGUGCAAGGGAACUACUAGAAAAUGGACUAGGAUGGGUUGCAAUGCAAAUAAAUAAGAUGGUUGCUUCUCAAAACUCUAAAGAAGUGAUCAAAAUGUACAAAGGAUGGAUUGAAAAUCCAAUUAUAUUUAAUAAGACUAGAGUCUUUGUAGAUGAAACUAGAUUGAGUAUUGGUAGUUCUACAAGGUUUAAUAUUUAUGGUAAUGAUUUUGGUUGGGGAAAACCAAUUGGUGUGAGGAGUGGAAUGGCAAAUAUAAGAGAUGGAGGAAUUACUUUAUUUCAAGGUGCAAAUGAAGGAAGUGUAGAUAUUGAAGUUUGUAUGUGUCCACAUACUUUGCAAGCAAUGGAGAAUGAUCAAGAAUUUAUGGAGAUAUAUGGUAACUAAUUAAACGUGAUACGUUUUUCUUUUUAGUUUGUUUCGAAUGAAAUCGUAACUUUUUAUAUUUAUUUUUAAAUUAUAUUUUGGGGGAAUUAAAAGUUUGGCAUAUAUACUUCAUGUUCUCACCACCA